GGGUGUUGGUGGAUGACGUCAACGGAGACCCAGCGCAAGGUGCAACCCUGGCCAAGCCAAGUUAAAAGAAGACAGCCAACCUCGCUGUCAUUUUCGAUGCGUGCAGUUUACGCUCCCGUCACUUGUGCAGCUGCAGCCGCCUGAGAUGCGCGGCGGUGGUUGGCUCCCUGCGCCGUCGCUCACGCGCGCACACGUGCGCAAACGCGCUCGUGGCUCCGGGAUCACGAGAGGCAACGGCGGAAGCGAAAGCGGUCCGUGUGCAUGGGAGGGCGACGGGCUUUGACUUUGGGCGCCCGCAGGCACAUUCUGCUUUGACCACCGAGGCGAAGGAUGGAGCGGGUAGAGGCGCAACACUGAGCGCGUCCGCGGGAGAGGGGACGCGGAGGAGGCACCGCUGAGUCCGGAAUAGAUGAUGCUGUUUGCCGCAGGCCCCGCCAUCGUGAAACUGGAUACCGACUUGCGGCGGAUGGGGUGACCGAGCUGGUCCGCCGGGGAGGUCCCUGCCUUCGGACGGUACCGGGAUGGGAGCUGCCUGGUUCUAAGGAAAGGAAGGAGGGGAACGAGGGGAAAAUGCAGACGGAGGAGGACACGGCCACCGCAGAAGAGCCCAUUCUGGAGGACGGGUCAGGACGAGAGCAGCAGCGGCCUGUCCAACAGUCUCUGGCCUCCUCCCUGUGUCGGGAGUCCCACUGGAAGUGCCUCCUCCUGACUCUCCUCAUGUAUGGCUGCUUUGCCACACUCGCCUGGUGCGCUCUCUGUCGGGUACCCGUUCUCGGCUCCUCGUCCAUACCCCUCGGUGCCGACGACGAUGCCACCUCGGCGGCCUACUACAGCGACAUCCUGCACUUGGAGAGUCCGUGCUCCAGUGGCUACGUCUACAUCCCCCUGGCCUUCCUGGCCAUGCUUUAUGUGGUUUACCUGGUGGAGUGUUGGCACUGCUUCUCCAAGACGGCCAUGUUGGCUCAUGCUGAAUUCCAGGAAGUGUACGAGCGUGUGCAGAGGCUCCAGCAGGCCACACCCUGUAUUUGGUGGAAGGCCAUCAGCUACCACUACGUGAGGAGGACGAGGCAGGUGACAAGGUAUCGCAACGGAGACGCAUACACAACCACACAGGUCUACCACGAACGGGUGAACACUCAUGCCUCCAGUUCAGAGUUCGACUACGCCCGCUAUGGGGUCAAAGAUGUAUCGAAGGAGCUGCUGGACCUGCAGCAGCACCCUGCUGUUCGCCUCCGUUUCACCAAGUGUUUCAGCUUCUCCAGUGCCCGUGCCGAAGCUGCCUACCUCACCCAGCGAGCGCGCUUCUUCGGGGAGAACGAGGGCCUCGACGACUACAUGGAGGCCAGGGAAGGAAUGCACCUGAAGAACGUGGAUUUCCGUGAACACAUCCUGGCGUUCCCAGAUCCCGCUCGUCAACCAUGGUUCGCUAGGCACAGGGUGUUCUGGCUUGCCUCGGCAUUCCUCCUGUCGUGGCCGCUGCGGGUCGUGUCGGAAUACCGCACAGCGUAUGUCCACUACCAUGUAGAGAAGCUGUUCGGGGAGGAGGAGGACGGUGGGGGAGGAGGAGGAGGACUUGGUGGAGGGGGACGAGGGGAUGGGACUGCAGGUGGCACUGGGAAUGGAAUCCACCCUGGAGGAAAUGGUAUUGGAAUUGGUCUGAAUGGGACGAGCUACAGAGCCAUCUCUCGGGUCAACACGGUGGACAUGACAGAAUUGGAGUGGCACAUCCGCUGUAAUCAACAGAUGGUCCCAAGCUACUCCGAAGCGCUCCUUAUGGACUUGGAAAUAAGUGGGGGGACAAACCCCACUGCCUCUACUCCCGUAUCUGGGCCUCCGGGCAACACCCCCAACCCGGUGACCAACCCACCUCCUCUUGCUCUGCCUGUGGUGUUCAACUCGGCGUACCUCCUCCAGAGCUGUCCGCGAUGCCGGAGGACAACGUCAAGCUCCAGUCUUCCCUCCAGGCUAAGAGCUCCGAUGGGAACUACAGCCCUCCUGAACGCUACUGUGGCAGGAAUCAGGGCAGCAGGGCCAGGAGGUGGGGGUAUAGGAGGAAGGUUGGUGCUCAGUCGGAGUGGAUUCUCUCUAGGGAGACUCGGUGGAGGACGCCAGAACAGCCUGUUUCAUUCAAGAAGCAUGGGGGGAGGGCUGGGAGGAAGCAGGGAAGACGGAGGAGGAAGUGCAGGAGGCGGAGCUGGAAGUGGUGGGGGAGGCGGAGGUGGGGGCGGAGGAUUCCUCGGGUUAGGUUCAAGACAGGACAAUGAGGAGACCAGAGGGGUGCUGGAAGGAGAAGGGGAUGAAGAUGAGGAAGAGGAGGCGAGAAGGGACGACGGGGCAGGCAGAGAGAGGGAUGAAGAAGUGGAGCAAGACAGCGCAGGGGGGGGUGAGGCGAGGGAGGGUGAGAGGGAUCGUCCGCCAUCCUACCAGGACGCAUUCUUCUUUCCUGUCCUCAUUAUACAUGGAGAGGAGAGCUGCCAUGCUGGAGACGACAUGUGACACAUAGAAAAAUCAACACGCCGAAAGAAAGAAAGUGUCGAGGCUGAGGGAGAUGGAAGCGACUGAGCAGAAAGAAAAGACGGGAGCACACAAGCAGAGGAAGAGGGGAAAUCAGACUUGAUAGACCUGAAGAAUAAAUGAAAUGAGAAAUGGAACGGUGUUUAAAGGAAGGAGUUGGUUGAUAGCAUACCAACCCCAGGAACGGAAGAUAGGAAAGAAAAGCUCUGUGAUAUACAGAGUUGCUCAGGAAAGAGAAGAGGUGGAGUGGAUGGAGUAGAAAGGGAAGAGGGGAGGGGAGACAGAAACAUCCCAGAACGAGACAGUAGACGCUACAGGGGGUUAGAAAAGAUUCAGUGCAUACUUUAAAAAAAAACCAGGAGUGGUUCAGAGGAAGAUGGAAGCUGAUAGAGAGCGAUGAGAGAAAGAUAAGAUGGAGUCUAAAAAAUGAGUAAAGGCAAGAAAAUCCUUGCAAUUGUAGACUUUGCUCCAGACAGAUUGUUUAGGAGAGGAGGACAAAUCAAAUACUUGGGAAGAAUGGAAAGACUGAACGAGUCUAUUUCCAGACAUAUCUAUGCAAGAAUAGGAGUGGGAGGAGACAAGUCUAAAGAUAGCAACUGAAAGUCCCCACCAGCUGAGUGGUUGUUGGGUAGGGUUUUUAAAAUAAACAGGAGGAAUUGCAAAAGGUUAUUUUGAAGGUUCAGUUUUGAUAAAAAUCUGAAAACAUAGAGGCAGACUAAAAAUAUGGAUUAAAGAAGAGGCAAGAUUUACUUAAUAUUUCAGAGGAGAGAGGAACCAGAUGAGAUCACAAAGGGUUUCAAAACGCACUGUGGCGAAGUAGAGAGAGAAACGAUGGCAAUGCAACAAAAAGAAGGAGAGUUCCUCAGAGAUGGAACAGAAAAAGAGAAGUAGAGUACGAAAUGAGACACAAUGCUGACUGUGACAGAUUACACUAAAUCUUGUUUUCAAUUUGACACGAAAAAUACAAGACACGACUGAUUCUUCAAGAGAUCAACUCAAGAGGAGGAGAAAACCAAGAUACAGGAUUUAUCACAGACAAAACACACUAAUCAGGAAAUCUAGAUGACAUUCGAACAGUUCCCCUCGUGGUACUCUCAAAUACUGUAGGUCACAUGACAGAUUGGGUUAUUGCCUGGUCAUUUAGGGUUCAUCAUACAGCCUCACACAACACCUGACUGGCAGCCAUAAACGUUCCGGUGCCAACAGCGGAGGAGAAACAUUGAUCUGCUCCAUGUCGUACUCAUCACUUCACCAUUAGCUGCAUCACCACUCCCCGUCCAUUACGGAGAUGCUGCUACCUACUCUUCUCCAUCCGUUUCAUCACCUCCUCUUCCCUCCUCACUUCAGUGCACGGGAAUGAGAUGUAAGUUACCAGUGCAGACGUGGGAUUCUGAGCAACACAUCUAUUGUUUGUUUUUUAAAUGAAAAAACAUCCGAUUGACACGUCUUUUUUUUUGCAAUUCGCACGUGUUGUGGUAGAAGUGAGAGAGAGCCCAAGAUAGAUCGACUGCCUCUGCCUUGUACUUCCCUCCGUCUGUUCCUCCAUCACCUUCAGCUCAUCCCUUUCCUGUCUUCAGAGUGGCGGAUGCGCGAUACUCCUCUCUGCUGCUGGAGACUCACUCCACAUAUCACAUCUCCUCUCGGCCGAGCUCUCUCCUCUCAGAUUAGAUUAAGAGAAAAGAUCAUAUUUCCCGCGUAUUUGCCCUUUUGUGUCCACAUAGUCGGAAAAGAGAACCCUUGUUCGUAAAGGAGCAGAGGAUGUAGACAAAACUGGCCUUUAUAGCCGCUGACUUUAGACACCAACGGGUGUGAUUUUCAUACAUGAUAAAGAGUAAAAUGCUAAUAAUCACCAGUUAUGCCUGUGUAGUUGUACUGUAGUUUAAAACAUUUAUACUCAAAGAUAGUCCUGUGCAAUACGGAGGGGAAAAAAUGAAAAUAACCAGAAAAACCCUCCUCCAUUAUCAAAUGCACUCUGUAACACAGUGCGUGUUGAAGCUUGAAAAGCCUCUUCAUCUCAUUAAUGUCCUUAAGACUGCAUGGGAGGUCCAACCUGAGCUGCCGUGCUCGUUAUAAAUACAAGUAGAACAUUCGUCCUUCGAUUGCUUCGUGAUUGCCCACGACAAUUUGCAGCGUUAAAAUAAAACCUCUCAAUAUGAUCACAAUGAUCAAUAACGCCAUGCUGCUACUGUACCUCCUCCUCUUGAUGAAUCAUCUGAGGGACAGUGCCCUCGACAACAUCACCUCACCAUGGAACGUGUAAAAGUUAGCCGGCAUAGAGAUGCAUGCAACUUAAUAACAGCUGUUACGCAGGUCGUACUUCUAGCUAUGUGGCAAAUCUGGCUGCCAUUGUUGAAUUCCAGUGCCAAAAAGCAGUGAUUCACGCUCAGUCGACACAAAUUUAGAUGUUUUAGACGCAUCUCGACAAGGGCAGGGACGGGAAUCCAUCUGUCCUGCUUUCUCAGUGGGUCUGUUUCAAAGAAAAUCUGCCCAGGAGGAGGAAACUGGCACAGACGACACAGCCACCAGUGCUUUGAUGCAUAUACUUAACAAAGCACACUAAACCUGCUUGUAGCUGGACCAACAGCUCUUCACCUUCCCGGCACAGUGCCCCCUGUUGGAUGUUGGUCGCGUGUCCCUCGUCCUCUAUCUGCUUACUUUGGACAGGAAUACUGAAAAGCACACGGAAAGAAUGCAGUUCAAGAGUUCCCUGAAAGUGGAGCAAAAAUGAUGCCUCAUUCACUUUACCAAUGAUAGAGAUAAGACACACGCACACACACUCAUAGACACACAGAUAUGUAACAAGCAACAUCCGACCUGGAUUCCGCAGUGACAGCAGGGAAUGUCCUCUCAAUGAAUCUUUCUGGAAAGAAGAAGUAGAGCGCGAGUGCUGGCCUGGGUCGGUGUACGGGACUCAUGUACACACACACACACACACACACACACACACACAGUGAUAUUCAAAUACACUGAUUCUGGCCGACAGUUCUUCGGUAGCUUUUGGGGGAGAUCGAGCUGAACCGGGCACAAGAAACAAACGGACGCAAUAAUAGUUGGAAGAGAACCGGCAGAGCCAACCUACGGCAUCGAGGACGAACAUUCCUGCGCCUGGAGAACUGGAAUGAAGGACAAAAAAGACAAACGGCAACUGAAAGGCAGAAAGACUGUAAAUGUGAGAUUAAAAGACAAUUAUUUUUUACAGCUAUUAAUCAUCAUCUGAGACUUAAUCAUCCCUUAACAAAAAAAAAGCACUUCAAAGCACUGAACACAAAGUAUGAUGCUAAUACGAUUUCAUAGCAAGAUCAUGUUGCUUUCACAAUCACCUGAUUCAUUUUGUCGAAUUGUGAUUAUGGCUUGGACGGUCCUGCUCAGUAUGUGAUUAUGUUUAUGUGGUCAGUUAGUAUUGAACUGCUUUUACAUUUCUGUCCAUUUACUUUGGCUCCACAAAACACACUAACACACACAUAUAUAUAUAUAUAUAUAUAUAUAUAUAUAUGUGUGUAUAUAUAUGCGUGUUACACAAUACAAAUUCAGUCGAAAUGUUCUGCUUUUAUGUAAUCCUCAUACUUGAGAAGUCAUAAUUUCAGGUUGUUCAAGUGAUGUCUGGAAUCCAAAUGCCUUUGUUAGCUUCAGAAACUUCUCAUGUUUAUACUGUUUUUUUUAAAUUUGAUUCCUCAUUUAUGGUCAAACAGACGAUACUCUCAGUUUACCAGUGAGCCUUUGUUCUGGUUCCGAUUUGCGAAAAGUGCUUGGAGCCAGUGAAACUUGUUUGCGAGUCUAUCUAUUUAUUUUAUUUUAUUUUCACCAGACAGGCGUAUUCCACUCAUGAUAUUUAUGUGGUGUUUUUAUUAUCUGAGUGUGUCAAAAGUGUGUCCUCAGCCGCUUCAGGUGUGCCAAGAGAACUUUGUGCCCAUGAUGUCUUACACAAACACACAUUCAUGUGUGCCUGCAUGUCAAGCCACAGCAGUGAAGCACCCAUCGUUACAGCUUAGUUCAGACGAGUGACAUCCAAUAUACGUAAUCUCCCCACACAUACAGCAUCUGAACACAAACGUGCACACACACUAACACACACAUUCAUUGACAGAAUGGAACUGUCCAGCUAUUUUGCCUUUGUGUCCACAAGCCAGCUUUUUUGCUCAGGAUUUCAUUUUAAUGCUGCGUUCCUGUCAACACGAGCUCUCUUUUACACACACCAACCCAGUAACAUGCCAAAGAAAAAAGAAAAACAAUAUAACAGAGAAAAUGUCUGUACUUAGAAACAUGCACAUGGACAUGAGAAGCUGGUGGAAUGUGCAGCUGCAUCAAACUUUUACAUCAGCUGUCAUAAAGGUGGAUUUACUCCCAGGCAAAAACUCACAAGACACUGAUCAAUUGGCAAAAUACACAACAUUGGUUCCUAUAAAAGUUAUUUAUUUUCUACAAUGAAUGACGGUCAAUGUAGUGGAUUUACCCACGCUCAUGGGUGAAUCCACCCUUAAUGUGGUUUUAAUACAUUAUGGUAUAUUUAGUCGUACCUGAAUAAAAUGUUUUGUUUCUGUCCACUUGGUGGCAGCGGAGCUCAAUAUAUUGUGACGACAUGUUUGGCUGUGUGUCAAACACAGACGUCCUGCUCUGCGUGUCGAGACCUGAGUAGUGUCCGACCAGUCGUCUGUCUUUGGCAGCUGACGUCACACAGGAUGAUAUGUGGCCAAAAGUGCAACACAACUAAAGGUUGAAACCCACAGAGUGGACAGGCCUGUGUGACUGCACACUUCUCUUCUAAGCCUCCGCUGAUCUUAUCUUCUUUUUUUUUUCUCUCACUGUGACUGAAUGUGUUGCGAAGCAAUAUUGUCCAUAUCCCUGCUUUCUGGCUGGACUUUGUAUAUACGUCGCCAAGCAGCUUUCUGAACCUAUAUCCACAAGCAAUGGGAGCUUCAGUCAUUUAAGUUACAUCACUGUUUUAGAGAUAUAAAAAAAGGGCAAUUAGCAUUUUGUGACUGAGCCUCCAUUUUUACUGCAUAACUCAUAGUCUGGCCAUGUCGCUCUAUAUGACACAAACUACCAAUAAAAUGAUGUAGAAGGGAGGUGGUUUGUUUUGUCAUCGACAUUUUUCUAUUUCAAAACGACCACUAAAAUACGCUGCUUUUUUUCUUUUGCCCACAAUAUUCAUUCUACGAAACCCUGCACUCGUUUUCCACGUGUUCUUUUUCUUAUUAACAUCACUUGACUAUCUUAUAAAAUGCUCUCGUAACUAUGACAGAUGUAUUGUUGUCAAUGCUGUAACUGUCCCUCGUGGUCAUGGGGUGAGUCGAGUCGUCAUACCGAGUUCGUCAAACACUGUUUUUAAAAAAAAACAUGUCUAGAAUUGGUUUGACUUGAAAUCACAUGAAUUCCAGCUGCAAUUUUUUGUUUUUCAUUUCCAGAAGCACCGUGUUAGUCUCAUGUGGACACUACUGUACAAACUAUCAGGUAACAAAUAGGAAAAUGUGAUGCAUUGACUAUAUUUCACACUGUUGUUGUCGCUGUUGACGCUGACACUUUGCACAGUGCGUACACACUUUGCAUUUUUAUUGAGUAAAAAUGGAUCCAAAAACAGAAUUCAGGUUCUCCCUUUGACAGCUGACCUCAGACACUUUGUGCGGGAUUAUGAGGUUCCUUCGAAAUCUUAAAAAAUGGCAGCGUCUGUUCCUUCGCUGUUCUUUCUAUUAAAAGAAUAAUAUCCAUUGUGCAAUGAUGUAUGUAAAAACUUAAAUGACAUCAGUGUCACACGUGUAAAGUUCCGAUACAGAUCUUCAGCAUCUGGGUCUAGGCUCAUUUUACGAUUAGGUUCAGAUUCCACUGGCUGUCCCUCUAUGAAAUUGGGAUCAUAAUUGUUUUUAGAGAUGCAGUAACUAUUCAAAUAAGAACAUUUACUGUGUCACCUAAUUGUUGGAUGAGUAUCAUCCGAUUGUGGUUCACGUGAUGCUUCAGGAGGCUCGUUUUCUUUCUCGCCAAGUGUUUAAUGCUGCUGGAUUACCUGUGAGCUGUGGAACGAACGCAAUGUUACCACGAUGUCGUUGUCAUGUACAUGCAGCCUCUGCGCCGUUCAAACCAUAAUGUCACAUACAAUGCAUUAUUGUGCCACACGGUGGUGUGUGAAGCCGGGAGUGGGGCUUUCUGUUCGAGCACCGUCAAGCAAAAUGUCCUCAGUAUUUAAGCUAAUUAAUAUGUAACUGAUAAUGAGAUUGUCAAAAUCACACCAGAUUAAAGCUGUUGUCACCAGGCCUGGUGAAGAUAGUGUAAUUGGAGGGGAUGACGACAGUGAGGGUAAUGGAGCUGGUGGCAAUAACACUGUUAACUGAUGCGAUCCUGGCGAUGAUGAUGACAAUUAAUUAUCCUGGAUGACAAAUAAAGUCAAUCUGCUUGGUAUACCA